CUUGCUAUGAGCUGCCUGGAUGUGAUGUACCACCAAAACUAUGGAGCACACCUCCUCCCUGCAGAAGCGUACAAGUCAACAUACUACAACCACCAUUACCAGCAACAACAACAACAACAGAGGAGGCUGAAUGCUCACAGUAAGAUGCACAACUGUUCAGGCCAGCAACAAGGUGGAGGACGAGGAAUACUAUCCAGAGAUCAGGGUCUUUUUUCGGCUCCUAGAACCGAAUCUGGAUGUGUAUCAAUACAUGAUUUGGAGGUUAAAGAUGGAACUCAACCAGCAGGAGCAGAGUAUCUAAACUCUCGGUGUAUAUUGUUCACCUACUUCCAAGGGGACAUCAGUGAUGUGGUGGAUGAACAUUUCUCUCGGGCCCUCAGUCAGUCCAUUGGACAUAACAGGGAGACGAAGCCGUUCCGGAUGACUCAGACAUCUGCUUCUAGCUCUGCCGGAUCAUGGAAAGAUGGUGAGGCACUUUCAGAUGGUCAGAAAAGUCCAGCAUGGAGCAACACCUAUCCAUCCCAUCCUGCUACCUGCCUCCCAUCUGUCUCUGUGUCAGUCCAUCCAGAAUUCUCUCCAAGCCCCAUUUCCCUAAACCACGCUGAUGGAGGUCUGUGGGCUGGUCAUCAAUUGCUCUCCCAAGCCAGCCUCCAACCACUGGCUAGCCUCACAGACAGCUGGACCUACAGCCUGAACCCCCAAAGCCCAAGUGGCUACCCAAAUGUUCACGAUGUCUACCAUCCUCACCCCCAUGGCCACAUCCAUUCUCGCCAUCACCACCACCACCGACAAAUGUUUCAUUCAUAUCCAAGCCAUGGCUCAGCACUAGAGGCGAGGUUUAGUCCUCUUCUGCUGCCUGGUGUGAGGAGUCAGAGCCAGUCAGCAGCCAGUGCAGGGAGUUCCCCACACAGCGAGACUGCAAAGACAGAAAUGGACCCCAGUAGCCCAAUCAUGACUUCAUCAGUCCCUUGGAUCCCCUCACCACUCCAUGGAUCCUUGGAGCUGUAUGAUUCAGCUUAUGAGCAGACCAAAGCUAAGUCAUCAGUUUGGUUCUAACUGCUGACAUGCAUUAGAGAAAGACUCACCUACACUAAGUGGCACCAUCAAUUAUAACUGCUAAACCAGCACUGCAAUGUACAAUACAGACUCUUCUACUACUGCUCCUGCCUUGUCCACACAGUCUAGGAUGAAGAUUGACUCAGGCUUGAAGUUAACAGUUAUGCUUUGGUCGCAGGAUGUAGCCGAUGAGAGUGAAGCUUCUAUCCACAGACUAGCGGAAGGACGUUUCUUCAAUGUUUUAUUGGCAAAAACAGUGUCAUUUUUUGGGUUAAAGUGGUUCUGUUUCAAGAACUGUUUAUUUUAAUAGCAAAUAUGUACAGUUUUGCCUAAG